CUUUUUUUUUACUAUUUUUUUUUCCAUUUUGAGUUUCCUCAUCAAGUAACCCUCAUGGAAACAACCCACUCUGGCAUAACGCCUCAGGUGUUGGACUACAUUAGAGAAACACUUCAUGACCAUGCUUGCUCGCAUAAUAGUGCAAUCUCGUUCUUUCAGGGGUUUGUUCUCGGUCAGCUGAGCGUAAUUACUAUUGUUAUACUAGCCUUGCGAUACUUGCUUAUGGAAGAUGUCAAGGGUGUGAAAAAGCGCUAUAUCCCUUCGAGACUUUCUGCUUCACCACCUUCUCGAGUCAAUGCUACUGCUGCCUCCCAAUUGCCAGCUGCUUACAUUACACAAAAAACAUAUUACGAUGUGGUUCAUCACCCUCCAGAAAGUACAGAUUGGGUCAAUGUUUUGAUUGCACAGGCGAUUAUGCAAUAUCGUGAUGAUGCGAAGAUCAAUCAUCGAUUGAUUUUAGCAGUUGAUGAAGUAUUAAAUGGAGGAGUUCGUCCUAGUUUUCUGGGCCCUAUUCAUGUAACCGAAUUGAACCUUGGAGAAGAGUUUCCGAUAUUUAGUAGCGCUCGUAUUCGACCUUCAGAUGAUAUUGGAUCAAUGAGAGCAGAGAUUGAUUUUGAAUAUAAUGACCAGAUUACUUUGGGUAUUGAAACCCAACUUAUUCUCAAUUGGCCAAGACAAGCAUUUGCUGCUCUUCCAGUUUCACUUGUUUUAUCCGUUGUUAAAUUCUCUGGGACGUUGACUAUUGAAUUGAUCAACCCACCGGAAACCACUACAAAACCAGAACGCCCUUUGGAACGAUAUAUUGCUAUCUCAUCCUACUCAGAUUUUGUACUCGAUCUCAACGUCCGGUCACUGAUCGGAUCACGAACAAAACUUGAAGACAUCCCGAAACUAACAGACCUUAUAACAUCAAAACUGCGCAGUCUUUAUAUCGACAGGUUGGUUUAUCCAACCUUUGUCAAGGUCAAGGUUCCAAAUGUCUGGGAAGAAAGAGACCGACGGACGAGAGAACAUGAAACAGAACAAGCAAAAGACACAACUGAGAGUGUUUCGCCAAAACCAUUUGGGGAGAAAUACGCCUAGGAUGUCAAUUAUUUUGACAUAUGCAUGUAUUUCAUAUGAUAUACUAUCUCCCUGCAUAUAUAUUUCUCUGUUCACCCCUCUUUCUUUGUUGCUUUCUUUCUUUUUUUAAAAAAAAAUUCCCACUUCACCAUUGUAUAAUAAACGUCCUCACGCUAUUGCUUUCAACACUCGU